GCUGCCAGCUCCCUUCUUUCCGCAGAUGUGGCAGGUGGGGAAGAGGCAAGCCUCCAGGGCCUUCAGCCUCUACGCCAACAUCGACAUCCUCCGGCCCUACUUCGACGUGGAGCCCAUCCAAGUGCGAGCCAGACUGCUGGAGUCCAUGAUUCCUGUGAAGAUGAUUAAUUUCCCACAGAAGAUUGCAGGUGAGCUGUAUGGACCCCUCAUGCUGGUUUUCACACUGGUGGCCAUCCUUUUGCAUGGGAUGAAGACCUCAGACACCAUCAUCAGGGAAGGCACACUGAUGGGCACAGCCAUUGGCACCUGCUUCGGUUACUGGUUGGGCGUCUCCUCUUUCAUCUAUUUCCUGGCAUAUCUAUGCAAUGCCCAAAUCACGAUGGUGCAGAUGCUGUCAUUGUUGGGCUACGGUCUUUUCGGACACUGCAUCACUCUCUUUGUCACUUAUAAUAUCCACUUCCACUCCCUCUUCUAUAUCUUCUGGUUGGGUGUUGGUGGACUCUCCACACUACGAAUGGUUGCUGUGUUGGUGUCACGUACUGUGGGGCAUACCCAGCGGCUCAUCCUGUGCGGGACCCUUGCUGCUCUGCACAUGCUUUUCCUCCUCUACCUGCACUUUGCUUAUCACAAGGUGGUAGAAGGUAUCCUGGACACAUUGGAAGGACCCAACAUGCCACCCUUUCAGAGAGUUGCCCGAGACAUUCCAGUUGUUUCCAAUGCUGUAUUGAACACAACAGCAAAAGCCAUUGCAUUGACCCUGUAGUUUCACAGACUUGGACUUGCUUCCUUCAGUACUUUUGGGGCUGCAUAGGGCCAUAAUAACCCGCUGCCUCUUAGGAACAGGACAGAACAGCAAGAAGAAGACUUAGUGUUGUUUUCCUGGACCUGUCCUUUGGGUUGCAGUUUUGGGCAGCUGAGUGGACUGCACCUGAGUGACUCAGAAGAACUAGGCUCUUCCCCCAUCCAGGUCUGGGCUGUCUUGAGUAGAGCAGUUCUGCUGCCUGCAUGUUUAGCUGGGAUUUCCCAGCAUGGUUUGUCCCUUACCCCUCUUUCCGCUUGCUGAUGUAACUCCAGGGUUAUCUGCCCUGUUCCUGUCCUGAAGAGGGAAGAAUUAAAUUGAUGUUGGUGCUGACUGA